GUUAGGUGAAAGCUAAUUUUUUUAAUACUUUUUAACAUUUUUCCAUGGAACACUUAUCUUUUUUCUUUUUUUAAUUUCUUGGCAGAGGCAACUUUUGAAGUUCUUCCCAGGCUUAAUAAUAUUCAGUUUGAUAGCGGUGUUAUCAAUGAACUUUUGUUUCUUGAAUGCCCUUUUGAGUUCACACUCCCUUCUGGAUUAAUGGUGUUGGAGUAUGGAAAGGUAGUUCAUGAGACUCUCUAUGACCAACUUCAUGUUGUUCGUGAGGGUAAACUUCGUAUCAUCUUCGCACAUAAUUUAAAGAUAAUUUGCUGGGAAUUUUGUUCUCGGGACCAUGAAGAACUAAUUCCUCGAAGUUCAAUUCUACCUAAGGUUAAUGAGUUAGUUCAUGCUUCAAAAAACUAUCAAACCAACAUUGAUGAUAUCGGAUCAUAUAGUACACCACUGUGUGAUUUACAAGAAAAUUGCACGAUGUUAUUAUCAGCUGGGCGUGAGCUUGAAAGAGAUUUAGGCUUGCAACUGGUUGGUGAUUUGGGGUUUUCGAAGAGAUAUGUCCGUUGCUUGCAGAUUGCAGACAUAUUCAACUGCAUGAAAGACUUAAUGACAUUCAGCUGGGAUAAUCAAAUUGGACCAAUUGAGAGCUUGAAGAAAUAUACCCAGCAAUUUUCGACAACCAAACUCCACAAAGAUGAAUUGCAAGAUAAAGAGCAGCUCGAGGUCCUUCAAGGUUUGCCAACUGAUCCAAAUAAGUUGUCUGCUUCUCAUGCUCUUGGUGGCAACAGCAAUGAUAACUCGAACAUGAGUAAGGGUGCUCUAUUGAAUAUCUCUGAUGUGUCGUGCCACUGUAUAUAUCCAUCACAAACUUGCAUCAACUCGAAUGUGGGUGAACUGGAGCAGACGUCACUUUUAUACAAAAGGUGUGGAAGAAAUGCAUCUUCCACACCAUCUCAAGGUCCCAAGACUUUGAGUGCAGAAUUCAUCCAGGAGUUUGCGUUUCCCGGUCUCCAUUCCUCUGGGGGUGGCCAGCAUAGACGGGAACAUAAAGUCCAAAAUUUGCUCGAGGAGAUCAUCAUUAGGGCUGAGAAUGAAGCAGUUAACGCUAAGAUAGGUAAUAUUAUAUCUGGCUUGCAAACAGGUGCCAAGGGCAAGACGCUGCUACGGAUGGGAUGACUUUUGGUCACAACAUGUCGCUGCUCGAUCCUUCAGGAAACGCGUCGAGUAUUAUUAUGGCAAAUACCUGUGUUCAUGACUCCUAAUACGGAUUCUUCCAAGGUUGGUGACAGUGCUGGUUUCAUCAACUUUUCCACGAAGGCAUUAGUUUCCUGAGAUCCUGAAAAUGCUUCAAAUGGAAAUAGGAUUUUUUCAUGUUGUGGCAGCAUGAGCUAUGUGGUUGGGAUGGUUGUAAUGGCUUUUUUUUUUUGUACUUUCUGUUCCAUCCUUCUGGGGGGUGAUUCAAUAGAAGAUACGUACGUAUAGGGCCUUGAGAGUUUCUUUCCGCAAGUGCUUUUGAUAGUAGUUGCAGUUUCGUGAGCAAUUAACUUGAUUAGGAAGAUUAGAUGCUGUGAUGUCAACAUGAACUAUUAACUACUCCAAAGUCUAAACCUUACCCUAGAAAUGAAAUAUGGUACCAUACUGUUUUUAUCA